CGAAUACGUUGUGAAUUUGUUAGAAGAGAUAGCUAGGGAGAUGCAUGGGAUGGUAAGGAUGAGAGUAUCAUCCUUCUUACGUGUAGGUUCAAAGACGCUUGAUCUAAUGGAAGAGUUGUUUAGUCCUCCAUCUCUUAGGUCUUAUCUUUCUGAGUUCAUCUCUUCUUUCAUUUUCGUCUUCGUUGGUGUCGGAUCAGCCAUCUCUGCUGGUAAGUUGAUGACCUCGUCAGAUGCACAGUCAAGAGAGACAGACUUGUUAGCAGUUGGAGUGGCCCAUGCAUUUGCUUUUACAGUGGCUGUUUAUGUUGCACCGGGCAGCCAUGUAAAUCCAGCAGUCACAUUCGCAUUUGUUAUUGUACGAAAACUCAGCAUUUUGACUGGAAUUCGUCACUUGAUUACUCAGUUGCUGGGUUCCACCUUAGCAUGUUUACUCCUCAUGCUGGUCACAGCGGGACAGGCAAUACCGACACAUGGAUUGGAUGAUAGGGUGACCGUAUUUGGUGGCAUUUUGAUUGAAGGAGUAGCAACAUUUACCUUAGUAUACACAGUCUUUGCAUCCAGGGAUCCGCAAAGAAGAUCAUCUGACGGCAUAAUUGGAGCCAUAGUAACAGGAUUCAUAGCUGGUGUUAACAUCUUGGCCGUUGGUCCUUUUACAGGUGGUUCAAUGAACCCAGCCAGAUCAUUUGGACCAUCCAUAAUCACCAAUGACUUUAAAAACCACUGGGUUUACUGGUUGGGACCUCUAAUAGGUGGUGGAUUAGCUGGAUUGUUAUAUGAUAAGAUUAUCUCUUCCAACCACAAACAGUCCUCCUCUGAGCCCUGAGUUGGCAUAACAAAAAUGGGAAAUCUUUCACAUUUAUUGAUUUAUGUCAAACUUGGCUUUUGAUCAAGUUGCUUAUUCUCUAGCGUAGUUUUUGUUUCUAACUGGUUGUUUUUCUAUUAAAAAAACUAAUGUCUCGUUUGUAUCAUGUCUUGAGUCUCUUAACACUUGUGGAUUGU